AUGAGGUUACCAGACUCGGAGACGGCCAACAUCCUCACGCUGCUCUUUGGCACUGUCAGCGGCGCCAUCGGGGUCGUUGCCUCGCUGCCGCAGGACCUCUUCUCCUUCCUGCACCGCCUGCAGCUGCAGGUGUGCCUAACGAAGGUGAUAAAGGGCAUGGGCGGGCUGUCACACGCGGAGUGGCGCAGCUUCCACAACGAGCGCAAGACGGUGGAGAGCAAGGCGUUCAUCGACGGCGACCUGGUGGAGGCGUUCCUGGACCUCAAGAGGGAGCGCAUGGUGGAGGUGGCGGAGCACAUGAAGGUGCCUCUGGACGAGCUCUGCAAGAAGCGGAAAAUCUUGGUGGAGGGGCAGAUGAUGGUGGCGGGGCAGAUGAUGGUGGCGGGGCAGAUGAUGGUGGCGGGGCAGAUGAUGGUGGAGGGGCAAAUGGUGGUGGAGGGGCAGAUGAUGGUGGAGGGGCAGAUGAUGGUGGCGGGGCAGAUGAUGGUGGCGGGGCAGAUGAUGGUGCAUGUGGAGGCAUUUGCUAGAAGGUUAGUGCGGGAUAGGGGAGUGAGUGGGUUGCAGCAGUGGAAAAUAAUACCACGGUAG